AUGCACCCCCACGCGCGCGGUCCCCGGCACAGCCGGCGUCUUCGGACGUCGCGCGAGGCGAGAGGCCCCGCGGUGUGCCUCCUCUGCUCGCUCGUCACCGCGAUCACCAUGGUGUUGAUCCUCGCGCGAAUGACGUACACGCGCGCGAGGGAGCACCACGAGGUGGCCGCGAUGUUCGACGCGGGGCGCGAAUCCGCGGCGCGAUCGGCCAACAUCGCGCGCCCCGCGGGCGGCGGUCUCGGCGGCGUCAACAAAAAUCCGAACCUCGACGCGCGCGGCCGUCCCCGCGACCCGGCGUUCUUGAUGUGCGGCGCCGCGGACGACAUGUGGAACGUGGAGUACGGGGGCGACGUCGUCGCGACGCCGGACGUCAGCGCGGCGGCCGCGCCCGGAAACAUCAUCAGAACCCCCACCGAGUGCUGCAUUCGGUGCGCGAAGACGAAAGGAUGCAACCUCUACGUGUUCGGCGGCGAGGGCAGACGCGGGACGCCGGAGGGGAUGAAGUGCUGGCUGAAGCACACGCACGACCCGAAGCAUCCGGUCGUGCGCGCGGAGGGCGAGGACGUCGGGUGGACGUCGGGCGCGCUGAUGAAAGAUUACGACGCCGGCGCCAGCCCCGGCGCGGGAGCCGGCGGCGGCGGCGGGGAUCGAACCGGCAGCGGCGGAGACGUCGUCGUCCCCGGCGCGGUCGCGCUCGAUACCCCCGCGGGCCGGAUCGAGAUCGAGCUCAUGCCGGGCUGGCACGCGGCGUCGGUCGCGCACGUCGCGCGGCUCGCUCGCGAACGCGGCUCGUGCGAGAACAGCUGCCACCUCUAUCGCGCGGAGCCCGGGUUUCUGUUGCAAGGCACGCUGAAGAGCUUCUCGGUGAGGCCGAACGAAGAGACGAAGCGCGGGCCGAAGGUGAUGGAACGCGGCGAGAUCGGCUGGGCCGGCGAGGGCGCCGGCCCGGACUUCUUCGUCUACCUCGGCGACCGACCCGCGACGCACUGGGGGACGGGGCACACGGUGUGGGGUAAGGUGACGGACGAGUGGAGCUUACGCGUGGCGGACGCCAUCGUGAACGGGCCGUCGCACACGCCGGGGGGGGAAGGGACGAUGCGGUUUCUGAAGGACUUCAUGUACUUCGACGUCGUGGAGAGCGAACGGCCGCCGCCGCCGUCGUCGUCGUCGUCGUCGUCGUCGUCGUCCGUCGGCGGCGGCGGCGACGUUUGA